AUGAAAGAAUACAACACACUUCCUCAGUCCGAAGACGACGACGUGCCUGGAUUCCCUCGCGAACCACGACGAAAUUGGCCUAUACGAGCCAUUUCUGCAGUACUGCUCACAUCCAUUCUCGUGAAUGUGAUAGUUCUGGCCAGGGUCAUAAAGGGAAAUGUCGCUGAGAAGCCACCACAAGGACGAUAUGGUAAGAAUUGAUAUGAACACCCUUCCGUCCAGUGAAAGUGAUUGACCCAGAUAUCCAGCCCAAACGCCCGACCUCGACACGGUCUGGAAGCGUUUCUUCUGGCACACAAAAUGGGACUCCGGGGAUCGAAACCAAAGCGAUGCUCUCUGGAACGGAAUCAAUCCAGCGCAUGGAUUCGUGGCCAUAGAUCGCGAGCAGGCAGCGAGCAAGGGCUGGCCUGAGUCCAUGUAUCUCCCAAGCGAUCAUUCCAAGGGCGUGUAUCUUCUCGAAGCCUACCAUCAGCUUCACUGUCUCGUACGUAUGCGCCGAAUCAUGGCAGAAGUUAACACUAACUCACGAGUGAGCCAGAAAAUUGUACGCCAGACUUUCCGCGAAGCGGUACAGCGCCUUCCGUACACCUACGACCCUCAUCAUGCCGAACACUGCUUCGAUGCACUUCGUCAGGUCAGCUUUCCAGACCUUCCAGUUUGUCCGACGCUGACAUGCUCCCAGUCGACUGUUUGCAACGCAGACAACACACCCCUUUACACUUUCGGCGACAAGACAGCAGGAGACGGACAAAUGCAUAAAUGCCGCAGCUGGUCGCAACUCUCCCAAUAUGCCACAGACAACAGUGCCUGCUACCGCGACUCGGUGGGAGACAUUCCACUGGGACAGCAUUUCGGCCAUUGUGAAGAGGCCAGAAAAGACGGGAUAGAUCCGCAUGAAUUCCAAGUCGAAGCUCCAUAG